UUUUGGCUCCUACCUCAAUCCAUGGUGCUGCGAGGCGGCAACCAGGUCGCGGCAGCUGCGCUGUUCCUCUUUUCUGAAGAAUUCUCGCGACCAACAACUGCAUCCACGUCCCCUACACCGUUGACGAGGAAGAAGGGCAAAGGGAAGCGCAAGCAGAAACCACCGGAAACCGGUGUUUCCACCCCGAAAGAGCCAAGGCCCGAGAAGAACGAGCAAUAUGCUGACCAACUUACGGGAUUGAUGGGCAAAGAACGCCAGCGAUUGGCGCAACAAGUGAUGAUUGCUGCGGAGAAGGGCAACAAGAAAGCCAUUUACCUUCUUCUUCAUCAGCGCAUGCUCACUCCUUCUCAUUGCAUUGGCUUGAAAGGGUUUUCACCGCUGCAUCAUGCAUCCUCCCGCGGUCACUUGGACAUAGCGCAGAUGCUGCUGUCGUUUGGAUGGCCAAUUGACCGCGCAAACGAUAUGGGAGAAACGGCGUUGCAUCUGGCGUGCUAUGGUGGCCAUGCCCAUUUGGUUGAGUUUUUCCUUGAUAAGGGUGCGCAUAUCGAUGCGAUAAACAAGGUAGGAUUGGAUUUGCUUCAAAGUUGUAUAAAUAUUACGGUGUCGGCGGCUUCACAGGACGCUGAAACUCCACUGUUCUACGCCGCACGGAAAGGUCACUUUCGGGUUGUGCGGGUCUUGCUUCGCCGGGAUGCAAACGUGAACCAUCGUAAUCGGUUUGACGAUCUUCCAGAAGACGAAGCAUCCAACGAUGCCACCAGGCUGGAGUUCACCUCAUGUAUGCUUGCAACAAUUGAUGUCACCAGGACCAAAGGUUCUCUUGGUCUUCUAGCCAAAGGAGAGAUCUCUCGUACAGUGCAUCGUACGACAGAUGGCGACGCCGCCCUUCGUUCCAUUCACCGCGAAACUAUUCUCUCCUUCCUUGACACAAAGUCGCUGGGCAUGGCCAUGCAAGUUUGUUUCCGGUGGAAUCGAGCAGCAGACACACCUCGCUUAUGGAAGAGUCUCGGGGUCUCACGAUGGGAACUUAGUUUGAACAAAAGCGUCGGGUUGGGCGUCGUCGCACCCAUGACAGGGUAUCGCCCGACGCCUCGACGGCGUCCUUCCACCACGAGUAGCACCUCGCCUGAAGGCAUCCUGAACGCGACGGGGCAUCUGGGGUACCAUCGCGCGACCCCGUCAAAGCUGCAACUACAGCACCAACAUCCGCAGAAUUGGCGGCGAUCUGGCCAAGACGACAAGACGUCGCUGCCGCCGCGGCCCCAGACUGCUAUGCGCCUUGUGCAAUACCGAUGAACAUGGACUACCUCAACUCAGUAACAUAAAAAGCAGCGUGUUUCUUUAAAUAUGAGAAAAGUAAAUAUUUACACGCAAUGAACGAAUGCGGUGGUGGUGGUGGCGGCAGGAAUUCGCGCAUAAAUAUCAUUGAAUCGGUAAAGCGUGCGAGGGCGCAUGAUCUUGUGUCGCGGAGAGUGCGACCGGGUUGCCGGCGGCGACGACGAUGACGCAGCCUCUUCGUUCAGGAGAAGGGCCAAGACGAACUUGGCGUACUGCAACACGGUCUCCAUGGAAGGCCGCGCGCGCGGGUCAACAUGGAACAUUUGUUCGAGCAGCGGAACAACAGCGUUAGGAAUCAAAGCUGCCCACUGUGGCGUGUUCUGGAGAAUGCCGCGGAAACCUUGUUGGACGAGGACCAGGUACACUGGGUCGUUCACCACCGAUUCGUCCAGCAUAAAGUCUCCGGUGAGCAUGGCAAAGAAAGUCAUUGCGAGCGCCCACACAUCUGCGGCUGCGGGGUCCCAAGGCAGCCCAGUAAACGAUUCCGGCGCCAUGUAGUUGCGUUUUCCACCGGCCCAGUUUGUCGGGACUUGCAAUGGCAUUGCAGCGCCAAAAUCCAUGAGUUGAAUUUGCAUAUCGCGGCCGAGAAGGACGUUUUCCAACGACAAGUCACCGUGCGCGUACCCCAGUUGAUGGAGUGCCGCAACGGCGGACGCGAGUUGUUCGAAGUACACGAGCGACAUGUGCGUGCCGAUACGUUUGUUCGCAAGGACGAGAUCAAACAAAUCUCCAUUCGGGCAAUACUCGAGGACGAGGCAAACAUGGGAGUCGUCAUCGUGAAAGCAUUCAAGAAGGGGCAAGAUGUUGGGGUGUCCGCCCGCGGCUUGAAGCAUGUGAUAGAUCGUGCACUCGACGUCAACGUCGACGGGUGUGGUUUUGUUUCGUUUGAGCACGACGUUCAUGUCUGUGCAUACGUCGCGGCAGAGCACUACGUCCGGCGCAAGGAGCGGCCGCACGGGCAUGUAUCGACGCGUCGCCAUCUUUCGGGGAUUCGGAAAAUGAUACCAAGAACAAUCAUCGCAUUCGCAACAAAAACUAACGUUGGAACUGGCCAUUUGGUGAGAGUUUUUUGUUGCAAUCAUUUUUCGGUCAAUAUCUUGCCUUUUCCUUCCGCUGGGGCCUCCACGCACUCUCCACAGAGUCAUCAU